GUCUCCACCAACCAUGCCGACCUUCAAAAAGACGUUCGAGCUCGCUUCAAAGAUCAAGAUCCCUGCUGUCGGUCUCGGGACCUGGCAGAGCGAGCCGGGUCAGGUCCGCGAGGCUGUCAAGGUCGCAAUCCAGGCGGGCUACAGGCACAUCGACUGCGCCUGGGCCUACAGGAACGAGGGAGAGGUCGGGCAGGGCAUCAAGGACUCGGGCAUCGACCGCAAGGAGCUGUUUGUCACGAGCAAGCUCUGGAAUACGUUCCACUCGCCCGACAAGGUCGCCGUCGGCCUGCAGGAGACGCUCGACAACCUUGGGCUCGACCACCUGGACCUUUACCUCAUGCACUGGCCUGUCGCCUUCGCCAACCAGCCCAAGAAGGGCAAGCCCGAGAUUGACUGGGACCUCACCAACGACCCGUCGCCGACCUGGGCCGCCAUGGAGAAGCUCGUCGAGCAGGGCAAGACCAAGCACAUCGGCGUCAGUAACUUCACCAUCGGCAGGCUCGAGAAGCUCCUCAAGCAGGCUAAGAUCAAGCCCGCCGUCAAUCAGCUCGAAAUUAACCUCAUGUGUGCGCAGCCGGAUGUCGUGCAGUGGUCGCGCGAUCACGGCAUUCUCCUCGAGGCCUACUCGCCCCUCGGCUCGACCGGCGCCCCUCAACUCACCGACGAGGUCGUCAAGUCGAUCGCGUCGGCGCACGGCGCGACGCCCGCCCAGGUGCUCAUCUCAUGGCAGGUCGCGCGCGGCAUCGUCGUCCUCCCCAAGUCGGUCACGCCGCAGCGCAUCAAGGAGAACUUUGAGAGCGUCGAGCUCACGGCCGACGACGUCGACCGCCUCAACAAGCGCGCCGCCGAGUUCGGCACGAAGCGCACAGUCGACCCGUCGAAGGCGUGGGGCGUCCCCGACCUGUGGAAGGACGACGGGGCCGCCAAGCUCUGAAGAGCGGGCCUGUAGAAGCAGUGCAGAGGAGGAAAGAGCCGCAGUGCAAAGUGACCUUCUCAAACGCGGUCUCGUCUUCCGCGUGCUCGAUUGCCAAUCUCUCUCGACCUC